CCCUUGUGCCCAGCAUCCUGCCUUCAAGCAUCUGUUUCUGUAUUCUAUUGUCGCUCAUUCUGUAUACAUGUCCAAGCCAGCUGAUUCUCCUGGAUUUGACAAAAUGUAAAAUAUUGGCUCCUUGUAAAAUUCUGUCAAUUUCUUCAUUGGAUCUUAUUUUUAAUUCUCCGUCGUGAAAUACAGGCCCAUAUAUUUUUCUAACAAUUCUCCUUUCAAAUAUUUUGAGGGCAUUGGCGUUAACGACGGAGAGUGUCCAUGCUUCUGAUCCAUGGGUCUGAUGAUGGUUUUAUAGAGCUUUAUUUUAGUUGUUCUUGUCACCAGUUUUGAUUUUAAAAACUUGGCAUUUGCGUAGUAGGUCCGAUAUCCUUGGUUUAUCCUACUCUUUAUCUCUUGACUGAGGUCGUUAUUGAUGUUAAAGUCUGUGCAAAGGUAUGUGAAAUUAUUCACAGAUUCGAAAGUGUAAUUUCAAAUCUUUGCAUCUUCUGGCUACAGCGGCAGUCAUCUUUAAAUACUUGGUUUUGUUAUCAUUGACCAUAAGACCUAUAUCGCGUCCUGCUUUUUCCAAAGUCGAGAAUACAUCUUUCAGUGUAUUUAUGUUCCGGGCAACCUAUCGUCAGCGUAGGCAUGGACCUGUCUGGACUUAUAUAUUAUGUUUCCCUUAGGAUCUAUUUCGUGUACCACCUUGUGUAGGGCAAGAUUGAACAGCAAUGCUGACAGUGCAUUUUUUUGCACAAUUUCUACACCAAAAAUAUAUUAAUCUUGAAAUUACAAUUGGACAGUAGAUGCUCUGGAAUCUAUGGCACGAGGGUUCAAUUCCCUCGCAAUUCAGUUUGCAUUAUUAAGAAAAAAAAGCCAUUAUGAUGAUUUGUUUUAUUGUUUUUGUCGUCACAAUAAAGAAAGACAGCUGUAGCCAUGUUAUUGUGGCGUCAUUGGCCUGAUGGGAGGAGAAGCGUUCGCCGCUGAGGUGUGCACGCGUGGAGCGUGGGAGGGGUCAGUCAGCCAGCCAUCCCAGAGCUGAGCAGAGACAGAGAGACAAUAGGCUCGCGUCCAACAACGCGCGGACUUGUCUUAUAUCUGGGCAAUUUAUUUUUGGCACAGAGUCUCGUGGGCGUGAGAAGGAGGACACCUUCCGAGACGGAGAGCGGUGGCGGCGCGGUGAUGUGGUGGUGACUCGUGGUGCACGACUUCCACCAUGACGGUGAGCUAUCAGUAUGAGGUGGCCUCGUCAACGAGCGGCGGCUUCACGCGGCUGCUGUUCAUGUGGCGCGGGUCGCUCUACAAGCUCAUCUACCGCGAACUGCUGCUAUUCCUCGUCGCCUUCGGCUGCCUCAGUGCGCUCUACAGAAAUGUCUUUACCAAGGAGCAGAAGAAGCUGUUCGAGAAAGUCGUGAUUUACUGUGAUAUGUUUAUAAGCCUCAUUCCACUUUCAUUCGUGCUUGGUUUCUAUGUUGCCUAUGUGGCGGCAAGGUGGUGGCAGCAGUAUGUAGCCAUUCCAUGGCCUGACAAGUAUGUAGUCUGGCGAUGCACUCUUUGGCGCUGUACAUCCACGGCAACGACGAACACGGACGCAUGCUUCGACGCACACUCAUCCGCUACCUCAACCUCACACUCAUCCUCGUGCUGCGAUCCAUCAGCUCGGCAGUCAAGCGCCGCUUCCCCACCAUGGACCACCUUGUGCAAGCUGGUUUCAUAACGGCAGUUGAGCUUCAAUUAUUUCAGUCGGUCCCAAGUAAAGAAUUCAAUACUUAUUGGAUUCCUUGCUCGUGGUUCAUAUGCCUCCUGAAGCAAGCCAGAAAGACCAACCGCAUCACUGAUCCUCAGGGGCUCAAGUUGAUUGUUGAGGAAUUCAACGAGUUUCGAUCAAAAUGUGGUCUUCUUUGGAGUUUUGACUGGAUAAGCAUUCCGUUAGUCUAUACCCAGGUUGUGACAUUAGCUACUUACUCAUUCUUCUUAGCAGCACUAGUAGGCAGACAGUAUGUAGAAAAUGCCGAUAACUCAGUUAAUAUAAGUAAAAAACUACAAAUGGAAAUCGACAGGUACAUACCAGUCUUCACGAUUCUUCAGUUUUUCUUCUUCAUGGGCCUACUUAAGGUAGCUGAGCAGCUGAUAAAUCCUUUUGGUGACGAUGACGAAGAUUUCGAAUUGAAUUGGUUAAUUGAUAGACAUACGAAGGUGUCAUAUUUGGGAGUGGACACCCUGAUGACCCGUUGUCCUCCUCUUGUCAAAGAUAAAUAUUUCGAUGAUGUUGAUGUUUCUCUUCCAUACACGGGAGCAGCAUUCGCAUACAAAAAGAAAACUUAUCGUGGAUCUGUACAUGACAUGCAGGUACCAGAGGAACAACAGUCAAUGUUUCUCCCAGAAAUAAUAGAAGAAGAUGAGGAGGAAGAAGGUAGUACUAGACAGUGUUCUCCAAAAACAUCAUUCAGCAGUAUUCAUGAGACAAAGAGAGGGAAGAACGGAAGCAGCAGUCAAACCGCUGAAGGUAUCUGGCGGAUCGAUUCACUCAAGCUUCUUCAUGAAACUCCUUCUAUGGAAGAGAAUGUGGAGCAAUGUUUGGAGAUGGUGAUAGGACACGAAGGUGAACUGCCUGAGGAGUGCUCGGUACAGAAUCAGUCAGAUCUAUUCGCGUGGCCAUCGAACUCCACUCUUGAAAGCUUCUCUUCAACAGUGGGAUUUCAGGCGAAUGAAAUGAACGAGUUUGUGAACUGUAUGGAACAGCAACAGCCACCGGGAGCUGAGGCAACGAGGAGAGUGCAACGGUCUGUAUCGUCGGUGUUGGCCAAGCCGGCGGCACAUGGCAAUAACAGUGCCGAGUUUGUACAGCGAAGUGCUAGCAAAGAGACGUUGAACGAGUCGGCGCGCAAAACGUGGCAGAAGAUUCUGGCGCGUCGUCAGAGCAGUAGUUCCGGGCACAAGGGGGUCCGUUGGAAGCCAGUGCUGCAUUCAUCGGCCUCGGACUCAUGGAACGCGCUGAGGCAGCAGCAGAUGCGACCGAUAUGUGUUCAAUGUCUCAGCUCCGGCAACAAAGCUGCCGCCCCCACUCCCGCCGCCUCCACACCCGUCCUGGUCCAGGCCGCUCUGCAUCACCACGUGGUCGAUGAAACACACACCCUGCUUGGCCGGAGGCGGCCACCCGUGCUGGCCGCCAGUCUGCCCAACAUCUCUGUUCCUUUCCUCACAAACUUGUCAAUUCCAAACCAUAGCAAUUCUCUAAGAACAAUUCCGCCGAACAAGGAUCAACCCAACGACGCCCAAACUAGUAGUAGCAAUACCAAAUGUGGUGAUGAUGAUAAUAAAAAUUGUACAAGCUAAUACACAGUUGUUGGCAACCAACAUUAUAAAUCAUGAUAUCACAUCUCAGCGAAGAAAAAGACAUGAAAACUUAUUAUACCAUAUAAGACGCUGCUCCCACUUAUUGUGUGAUACGAUACACGCAAUGAGACAUGGUAACUUGAUUUUCAACAAUAUGCUGAGCACUAGAUUAGUUGCUUUCGAAAAUGUUGCAUUGCUAUGGAUGAUCUGUGUCGAAUCUAAGAGCCUGUUCACAUGACAGCGAUUUACGCUCGGUUGUCGCGUGAUUGACCAACCGAGCGGUUGCCAGAUAUAGGGUUACACAUGGUACCGUACACAUGCAUCGCUCGGUUUUAGUAGUCGCCGGCGAAUCGCGGCGGUUGUAAUCUCAGACUUGACCGAGGGCAAAUCGCUCAUGAAUCACUGUCAUGUGUACGAGACUGACAAAUCGAGCGAUUUGUCAAACGCGCGACAACCGAGCGUAAGUCGCUGUCAUGUGAACAAGCUCUAAAUAGGGUUGCUCAUCGUAUAGUAUGUUGUGACGUGCAUUGUAUCGCACCAAGGUCUAUGGAUAAUAAAUGUCAUGACACUCGUGUUCCUUAUGGAGCGGCCAUUAUGUGGGGUCUUUAUGGCGGUAAAUUUGAAAUAUUCCAAUCUGCUCAUAACAAAAUCAUGCAUUAUGCUUUUUAAAAACAAUAUUCUGGUUCAGAUAAUAUGUAAAUUCAGGUUUUCGAUUUUUUAAUAAUGGAAUUUCAAUUAUAAAUGGUUCGAUAAUUCAUUUUUUUAUUAUUAAAAAUUGUUCUUAUUCUUGUAACUUGUUAUGAUUUAUAAGGCAUUGGGACAAAAGGCAAACCUCAAAAAGAGUUUUAAGUUCCCAAUCUAAAAAUCAACAAUUCAGUUCCUAGUUGGAAUCUAAAUAUUAUAUUAUUCUGUGGGAAGAAUUUAUUCUACAAUUCAAAGCCAAGCAAUAAUCCUUGAACAAUAUAACUAAAUAACACAUCAUGUUGUUCAAUCUAUAAUUAUAACAGCUGAUAAAUUUGAAAAUUGGUGAAGAGAUUGGAAUAUUUCAAAUGUACCGCCAUAAAGACACCACAUAAUGUCGAUUUUGCAAUGCAUCACGGGACUGUGUCAUGACCUGUAUUUAUAGACCUUGUAUCGCACUUAUGGGAACUAAGCCUAAAUAAGCAUAUAAGUUACCUCAUAUUAUUGAAUUGAGAAAAUGGGGUAGAUUAUAAUCGCAAACUAGCCAGCAGGUCAGUUUUCCUCCCUUAUAUUGUAUACCGGUACUCUAAACAGUACUCACAAAAGAAUUAACAUUAUUAUCUAAUUUUGAAGGAGUAGGUAAUAAAUUUCUUUAAUAAAUAAGAUAUUAGUGAAUAUAUAUUAUGGUAUUCUGUUCAUUCAAUAUAGAAUGAAUAUAAUUAUAAGUAUAUACCCUAGUGAUUCAGGACAGUUCGACUGAUAUAUUAUAUUAAUUCAACACUUUCUAUGCCUAGAGAGGAUGUUCUUUGAAAUUUAUGUGAAUAAUAGUAUAAGUAUAAGGUUGAAAAAUAGUAUUAGGUUUUAAAUAAUAAUAAACCUGGUAGUUUAUUUUAUUCAGAUUAUUCAACUGCACAUCUCCACAGCACACAACACAUUACCGGUACCCUAACUAUAAGGCCUACAUCUUUUAGUUUAUAAGUAUUAUUAUAGAAAUAUAUUUUAGCACAGUAGGCUACACUUUUUGAUACUUCAUGGAAUAUGUUAUAUAGUCUAUAAUAUGCUCAUUAAUUGAACCCUAAAAAUAGUAUGAAAGAGAGUGUCAAGGUGUAUAUUUUUUAUCCUUUCCCAAAUCUUAUGAAGAUCUUGUAGGACAGACCCAAAAAUCCAUGAAUUUUUUGGGGUAUUUCUGCCAAGUAAAAUAACCUCAUUGGGAGUGUUCGAAUUCAGAAAAAAUUGUCUAUUUGACUUGCAAAACUCAUUUUAUGGAAAUAUUUUUAUACUCGUACUUAUAAUGACCUGGAGACCGACAUAAUAUUAAUAAUUAACUGGAUUAAAGCUGUGUGCCACAGGACAACAGAACGAUGAUUAAGUUCUCAUCUUUAUAUUGAAGAUUUAGUACAGGUAAUGUUGUUUUCUGUGUAAAAACUAAAAAUAGAGCAUUUGAAAAUAAAUACAGUAUAGUCAAUAUACAGUGUAGGAUUAGGAUAGUAAAGAAUACCUACUGUAAAUUGUAAAUAGUGUAUAUUAGUUAUUAAGAUGUCACAAUUUAUUAUAAUAUGUGUAAAAAUAUUAAAACUUUCAAAUCGUGAAAAAUUAUGGAAUGAUAAAUUUUCAAUGCGUUUGAGACAUUAUGAAACUGCAUGAGAUGAUUAAUAAAUGGUUUGAUUUUUUGUUCA